AUGCCUACUGCUACCGAAUACUUUGGCAUAUCUGUCACCAAUAUUGGUCCUCUAACUACCACUUACACGCCUCCGCCAGCAUGCACCACUGCAACAACCGACCACCUCCUCUAUGCUCUCAAGAACUCUCUGAUAUACGGAUUUGGUUCCCCAGACUGCAAAAUUGACCCUUACGGAAAAUGUCUUCCCUCCGGCGCUGCCGUAGAUUCCUUCAUCAAAGAGUAUAGCCAUCCAAAGUCUGGACAAGGCAUUCACGCAUUUCACUCUCCUGGUAUUCACUGUCCUGAAGGUUGGACUACCGCUGGACUACUUGCUCACGGUGAAAAGACUGGUUCCACGUUUCGGAGUGGUGUUUUUACCACCACGGCGACCGUGAACUCAUCGAUGCCCCUGCAGAUGGGUUCCGAUGAAUGGUGGCUCAAAGUCUUGGAGCCUUCCGAGACCCUGGCUUGGUGCUGUCCGAGCGGCUGGGACUCUCUUCCCUACGGGUACUGCAGAUCCUCUGUUGCCCCUGCUCUUUCAUCCGGCUACGGCAGCGCUUGUUAUGAGGCAUAUCCCGAUAGCGCCUUCGCCACUGUCCACACCGUCGAGGGUGAACGUGUUUCUGACACGGACGGACUUAUCUCUCGGAUUCCCUCCAUGACAUACACCCAGGAAACGGUUGCGUUGACUGAACAAUGGGGUGAUCCUAGUUUGGUUGCUUCUAUGGUUCUUGCUAGACAGUUUCCUGCCGUUGAGAUGAUCUACAAAGCUGAUGAUGUCAAGGCUGCUAAGAAUGGGUCCAAGGAUGAUGAUGAUAAGGAUGGAAAGAGUAAAGACGAUGAUAAUUCUGCUUCGACUUUGUCGAAGGUCGGAGGGUUUGCCUCAGGGGUUGCAUUGAUGGUCGGAUUGCUGACUGGAGCCGGUCUGUUGAUGCCUUGGUGA